AUGCCUGAUCCAGCCAAGCCUGCCCCGAAGAAGGGUUUUAAGAAAGCCGUGACAAAGACCGCAGGCAAGGGUGGAAAGAAGCGCAGAAAGUCCAGGAAGGAGAGCUAUGCCAUCUACGUGUACAAAGCCCUAAAGCAGGUUCAUCCCGAUACCGGUAUCUCCUCUAAGGCUAUGGGUAUCAUGAAUUCUUUCGUGAACGACAUCUUCGAGCGCAUUGCUGGGGAGGCUUCCCGCUUGGCUCACUACAACAAGCGCUCCACCAUCUCCUCCAGGGAGAUCCAGACCGCUGUGCGUCUGCUUCUGCCCGGUGAGCUGGCCAAGCACGCCGUGUCCAAGGGAACCAAGGCAGUCAACUAAGUAGCCUAUACCAGCUCCAAGUAAUGCCAA